CGAACUGUUGGCUCUGUGAUCUUUCCUUCCUUCCCUUCUUUGAUGGCGUCGUCAUUCGUCUGAUGUAUGAUAAUUUUUAGUGAUUAUUUUGUAUAAAGAAAGUAAUUAAUAGUAACUAUGGCUAAAUUUGAUCUUACAUCACGUAUUGGUCAGUAUCUUGAUCGGCAUUUAGCCUUUCCGCUUUUGGAAUUUUUGGAUACUAAGCGGAUUUAUGAUGAAAAUGAACUGCUGCAAGCUAAGCUUGACAUUCUUAGCAAAACAAAUAUGAUUGAUUAUGUCAUUGAUAUUAGGAAACAGUUGUAUCCUGAUAAGGAAGUUCCGGAAGAGUUGAAGUUCCGUCGUGCUGAAGUUGUCAAAGAACUUGGAUCUUUGCAAAAUGAUGUUUCGACAGUCGUUGGGUGGAUGAAUGAUGAGAAAGUUAUGAAAAAAAUGGAAGAAAUGCGGGAUUCUAAAGCAUUGAAUAAUUAUUUGGUUCAAGAUUUAGAAUUCAAAAUUGAAAUGAUGGACGGACUUGUAAAAUUAGCAAAGUACCGAUAUGAGUGCGGUAAUUAUUCAAUCUCCACAUCGUACUUGUACUUCUACAUGUUGAUUAUGCCACCAACUGACAAGAAUUAUUUAAACGUUCUCUGGGGUAAACUUGCAUCUGAAAUUCUUGCUCAGAACUGGGAUACUGCAUUGGAAGACGUAAAUAAAUUACGUGAAUACAUUGACAACAAUGCUAUUGGUAAUUCUCUUCAUGUUCUUCAACAACGUACAUGGUUAAUUCACUGGAGCUUGUUUGUCUUUUUCAAUCACGUUAAAGGACGUGAUUUAAUUAUUGAAAUGUUCCUCUAUCGUCCUCACUACUUGAAUGCUAUUCAAACAACUUGUCCACACAUUCUCCGUUACUUGGCUGCUGCAGUUAUUGUGAAUCGGUCGAAGCGAUCAACUUUGAAGGAUCUUGUCAAAGUAAUUCAACAAGAAUCUUAUACAUACCGCGAUCCAAUCACUGAAUUUUUGGAACAUCUGUAUGUCAAUUUUGACUUUGAUGGCGCUCGCCAAAAACUACAGGAAUGCCAAACAGUUGUCUUUAAUGAUUUCUUCCUUAUCGCUUUGCUGAGUGAAUUUGUUGAGAACGCAAGAUUGAUGAUUUUUGAAACUUUCUGCCGCAUUCAUCAAUGCAUCAGCAUUGGUAUGCUCGCUGAAAAACUAAACAUGAAAGCUGAUGUAGCUGAAUGCUGGAUCGUUAAUUUAAUUCGUAAUGCACGAUUGGAUGCUAAAAUUGACAGUAAACUGGGACAUGUCGUUAUGGGCGGACAACCGGCGUCUCCAUACCAACAAUUGGUUGAAAAAAUAGAAACUUUGAGCGUACGAAGUGAAGCGUUAGAAAAUCUUAUUGAACGUAAAUUGAAAGCUAAAAAUCAAGAUCGUGUUAGUAUUGUUUGGAACUAAGUCAUUUUAUAACAAUACUUUAAUCGAAAUAAACUUCAUUUAUUUAUAUCGAUAA